UAGAAGACCAAGUUCGUGCAGAAUUACUUGCAUUAGAACCUAUUCAUAAUGAAAGUAAUACUGAAAUAACACAGGCUACCAUAGAGCAAAAUAGUAAUUCUCUGAGUGCUGAAUUAUGGGGUUCGCAUUUAAUACCUGUUAUACUAACUGCUACUGAGGAUGAAUUGACGAGAUAUUUGAGAAAACAA